AUGUCGUCCCAAAGCGCGCCGUUCUUUUCUCUCCCAUCUCCCAGCAAUCAUUGUCCUAGGACCUCAUCUGUCUCACCCACGCGAUCGCAAGAGCAUCACACAUAUCCGGAGAGGAAGCGUAAGCGUAAGUUUGGAUUUAGUCACACUUCAAGACCGGCCCAAAGCAUCAAGGUCCGCCGUCGUGCAGGGUUCUUCACCAAGCUCUCACGGUGCAAAAACAGUCCAACCGACAUCAUGGCCGAGACUAUCGUUGAUCCAUCACUGGUCUUGCCUGAAAUACUUCCCAUUGCAGAUAACUCUCACUCCUGCGCUAUAGCAUUCGAGGCGCACUUACAAGGCAGAGACAAUGCUGUAGAGGAGCGUCGGCGUGGGUCCACGAUGUUUGGGAGCUUUUCAACACAGCUCAAGUCUAUUCUCACGUCGAGACACCGACGGUUCGAUUCGCCGCCGAAUGAGGACCUGUCAUCUUACCAUUUUGGCAGACGGUCAGCAUCACCGCUUAAAGCACCACCACGUACACCAUCGUACAGGCUCGCCAAAGACGAGACGUUCUUCCAACUCCCAAACACAUCGGAAGGCUUGAUCAGUCCGCCUGAACGCCUGCCCGUGGAGUGCAUGUUAGACUUAGAGGCUUGUGCAAUUGAAGGCAGUCUCCGCUUUGCAUGGCAUAGCACCGAAUUGCUUCAGUGUGCCCCAGGCCCAAGCGACUACUGGCGCAGUAAGAGAUAUCAUGGCCGACGCUGUCAAUUUCCAGAAGGCAGUGCACCAUGCGAAUGGGCUUCCUCUCCCUUCGACGUCUACCCAGAACCCUUCAACGGACCUCCAUCACCACACAUACCCUCGAGUUCGUUCAGUCCAAUGGAUUUGAAAGAUUCCCAACAUUGCUCUAUCCCCAACGAGGAUCCAUUGAGCCAUGAAAGUGCGGCGACGGAAAGUGAGAAAUCGCCAUUCUUCCUGCCCUUGUUCCUCGUCCCUUUCAGGCGUAAAAAAUCAAAGUCGAAGGGAAAGCAAGCUCUCAGUCGGUGUGCAUCGUACUCCUCGGCAAUCGUGACCACCUCGGCCAACGUGCUCUUCGGGGACAUACCCAACCACUUUGGUCCUGUACUAGGACGACAAGGCUGCUCGAUCACGAUCGACGACAUGGGCAUCUUGCAAAACUCGGACGCAGCGUCGAUUGCGGAUUCGAAUGAUAUACCGCACGCACCGUAUAAAUGCCCCGACUGGACCACUGAGCCCUCGGGAGAACCCGACGAAUUGAUCGAUGCCAUCAUGGAAAGGCUUCUCGACCAGCAUAUGUCAUCUCGACUACAUGUGCCGUGCUUCUCUGAAGAGUCCUCCCUACUUAGCUCUACCUCUCGCCUGGAUCUCAACGAACCGACCGAGGACUCCCGGAUAACCCCACAAUCGAAUAAGGACGACCCAAUCCACGUAGUAACCUUUCGAGCCCCAUCAACGACGCCAUCGACGACACGACUCUCUUCAUCGCCGUCCGCAGCGCCAUCAUCAUCACCGACUACACCACCAAGACCCGAAACGAACCCCUCGUGCACCACGUCUGGGGAGAAAUAGGCCCGGUUUCUCGCACAACGCUCCUGCAAAAUCGCUUCAUCGUACGUAACCGGCUUCACGACGUACUUCCACGACCUAUACACUUUGGAGAUAAGAACCACCCAGUAUUUGAGUAGAUGAACAAAUGGACAGAUGGAUGGGCUGGUGGAAUAAUGGACGGAUGAUAUCAAAGCGAGAUAAGCACGCAAGUUCAACUUCAUUUUCAGAUUAUCGGAUCUCAGGCAAUUCCCAUAUUCAUUCAUUACCAUUUCUUGUAGUCGGCACCUCGUCGACAGAUAGCUACCUAGACAGAGACAAACAAAUAGCACUAAUAAAUGUCAUUGCCACCCUUUCUUUCAACACACACGU